CCUUUGGUAUGCUCCAAGAUGGCGGCCCACGUGGUGCGGCGCGGGAUCCUCUGGGCGCGGAAAGUGUCGCUGCCUCAGCUCUCCCUGACAGGUAAAAGAUGCCUGCUUUCUGCAGCAUAUGUGGACAGCCACAAAUGGGAAGCAAGAGAAAAAGAAGAUUGUCACCUUGCUGAUCUGGCAUCUUUAAUGGAUAAAACAUAUGAGAGAAAGCUGCCCGUUAGUUCUUUAACAAUAUCACGGUUUGUGGACAACAUUUCAUCUCGAGAAGAGAUAGACCAUGCAGAGUAUUACCUGUACAAAUUUCGACACAGCCCCAACUGCUGGUACCUGAGAGAUUGGACUAUCCACACCUGGAUUAGGCAGUGUCUAAAAUAUGGUGCCCAAGACAAAGCCUUAUAUACCCUUGUAAAUAAGGUCCAAUAUGGUAUUUUUCCAGAUAACUUUACAUUUAAUUUACUGAUGGAUCAUUUCAUAAAGGAAGAAAAUUACAAAGAUGCUUUAUCCGUGGUUUUUGAGAUCAUGAUGCAAGAAGCUUUUGAGGUUCCCUCCACCCAACUCCUCUCCCUCUAUGUUUUAUACUACUGCCUGGCAAAGAAGACAAACUUCAGUUGGGAAGAGGAGAGGAACUUUGGUGCAUCCCUGUUACUCCCAGGCCUAAAGCAAAAGAAUUCGGUGGGGUUGAGUUCCCAGUUGUACGGCUAUGCGCUUCUUGGGAAGGUGGAAUUGCAGCAAGGGCUGCGGGCUGUGUACCAUAACAUGCCCCUGCUGUGGCAGCCAGGCUACCUCAACAGAGCCCUUCAAGUAAUGGAGAAGGUGGCCUCCUCCCCAGAAGACGGAAAGCUGUGUAGAGAAGCGCUCGAUGUGCUGGACAAAGCGCUGAAGGCGGCUCUGACCGCUCCGGCCCAGGGGUCUUCAGAGGACCAGCCCCAAGAAGGUGAGAAGACCCAGAGGUCAGAAGAACUGGUGGAGCAGCUGGAUGUGGAGGAAACGGAACAGUCCAAGCUUCCCCGUUACCUGGAACGAUUUGAGGCCCACUUGCCGUCCAUGGACCUGUAUCCUUGGAGCCACCUGUUAUGGGUUGAAUGGUGUCCACCCACCACCACCAAGAAAAAAAUAUGUUGAAGCCCUGACCCCAAUGCCUUAGAAUCUGACCUUAGUUGGAAAUAAGGUCUUUACAAAGAUAAUCAAAUUAAAAUCAAAUUAUAAAAAGAAAUUUGGACAAAAGAUAGAUACAGAAGACAAGGUGAAGACACACGGGGAGAAGAUGGCUACCUGAAUGGAGUGGUGCAUCCACAAGCCAAGGAUUGCAAGCCAACACCAGAAGCCAGAAGAGGCAAGGAAGGAUUGUCUCCUGGAGCCACCAAAGAGAGUGUGACCCUGCUGACAGCUUGAUUUUGAACUUCUAGCCUCCAGUUCUGCUUCUUUAAGCCACUCAGUUUUCGGUACUUUGUUACAGCAGCCCUAGGAGACAAACACACCGCCACUUGUUCUCUGUCUCCUUGCUUCUGACCCACUAAGUUUGACAUACAAAGUUGUAAUGUCAGGCUGAUUCCUCUACAGAUUUACAGCUGUCCUCUUCAACUUAGUAGUUCUUUCAUUUCUCUUACUCUCGUUUUUACUUCACUAGCUUCUCUAUUGGGUCUGCUUAAGCCCUAGACCCUUGCCCCCCAGAACUGUGAGCAGAUGUUCCUGCCUCCUGCUUUAUCAAGAAAAUUUAGGCCACAUAAUACAACUUCAGUCUCCCUUGUUUCUACCUUAACAGCUCUCUCCUUACCUGUUCUCUCCAUCAUCCCUUCUACUUCAGAGUGAUAGAUGUCCCCGCCCUCCUUUCCAAGUUUAGGCUCUUCACUUGUCACCUGAUUCCUUACCUGCCUGCCUGUUCCAGAGCCAUCUUCUCUUUCCAUCUUGCAUCGUCUCUACAGAUUUCUUCUUCCAAGCCUGCAAUCUUUUUUUUUUUUAAAGGAAUUCCUUUAUUUUUAUUUUUAUUUAUUUAUUUAUUUAUUUUUGGCUGUGUUGGGUCUUCGUUUCUGUGCGAUAGCUUUCUCUAGUUGCAGUAAGCGGGGGCCACUCUUCAUCGCGGUGUGCAGGCCUCUCACUAUCGCGGCCUCUCUUGUUGCAGAGCACAAGCUCCAGACGCGCAGGCUCAGUAGUUGUGGCUCACGGGCCUAGUUGCUCCGCGGCAUGUGGGAUCUUCCCAGACCAGGACUCUAACCCGUGUCCCCUGCAUUGGCAGGCAGAUUCUCAACCACUGCGCCACCAGGGAAGCCCCAAGCCUGCAAUCUUAUUCAAGACUUCCUUCCCUUUUAGAAACAAAAAAGACUUUAUCCUGCCAUCAGUCAAGCUCUUACCCUGUCCCUCCUUCCUUUUGUCUCCAAACUUCUUAAAAGGGUAUCUCCACUUACUGGUUCGUUGCUGGUUCAUUAGACCUUGAGAAUUUGGCUUUCACUCUGCUGCAUACCAACUGCAAUGAUUCUUUCCCCUCUGCUCUGUUUAGCAGCACUGAUCACUCCCUUAGAAGCUUGGUGACUACAGCACACAGUCUCUCUCUGUUCUGGCACUGCUUUCCUGCGCUCACAGGCCUCUGUGUGGCACAUACUGUAUGCUGGGCACCGUACUAGGAACUGUUGAGUUUACACAGAUGAAUAAACGAUAGACCCUACCCUCAAAUAACUUAUAUUCUAGGGAGAGAGAGGGGGCAGGCACAUAUGCACCUAUCAUGCUUCAUGCAUGAUGGUUAAUUUACUGAGCAAAAGGCGCCUUUUGAUGUAUCUUGAACCUUCCUCUUGAUAUAAUAACGGAGUGGUUGAAAAAGCCCUGCCCUUGAUAAACCAAAAAGUAUCAUUAGAGACACAAAGUGAUAUGGGUGUUCACAGGAAGAGCACUUCAAGCCCAGAGAUGGGAAAGCUCUAAUGAAGGGAAAUCAUCAUCACCUGCUUUGUGCUUUAGUUAGUCACAUGGGUCUGUCUCAAGCUGUCUUGGGGUAGAGAUGGUCCUCUUCUUCCCCAUGGAGUCGUGUAAAGUAGGUGUUCAAGAGAAAUUACUUUAAGUUGAACUGGAAUGAACAGCCCACACCCACCCUGCGUGUCCCCCACUCCCCCACCAAAAAAGGAAGAAGAAAUAGGAGAAAAAGGCAGAGUAGUAGAAGAAGAAAAAACAAUGAUGAGGUACACAUACCUUGCUCUCCUCUUCUUGGGGCUGUGUUGCCUUGGCACCAAACUUUGCAUUUUGUUUUCAUACCUUCUAGCUGGCUGUGCAAUCAGAUAUGUGUGUGGGAAAUUUGUCCAUUUUACAAGUAGUCAGAGGCCUUGAAAACUGGUUUAUCAAAGUCGUUUUUUUCAC